UGGAGUUAAAACCACAACCAUGAACAUCGCAAUUGUAGUUCUUUUUGUAGCAGUCGUUGGCACUGCUAACGCCUUGUUUCCACCGAAAUUGGACGGUCGUAUCGUUGGUGGUGAAUCCGUUGACAUCGAGGAUUUCCCUCAUCAAUUGUCACUGCAAUACUAUGGAAGUCACAUAUGUGGCGCUUCCAUCAUCAGCGGAAAGUUCGCCCUUACCGCUGCUCACUGCACCGAUGGAAAUCCAGCUAACGUACUCAGCGUCCGCGCUGGAUCUUCCUUCCAAGGAUCCGGAGGACAAGUUGUGAAAGUUUUAAAGAUUCACCAGCACCCAAAAUACAACAAGAAUACCGUCGAUUUCGAUAUUUCCGUUUUGGAAUUGCAAUCGGAAAUCAAAAUGGGAGCUGGAGCCUCCGCCAUUCCCUUGCCUGAGGCUGGUGAAAAGUCGAAAGAAGGUGAUGACGCUGUUGUUUCUGGAUGGGGAGCUCUUUCAGAAGGUGGUAGCUCUCCUUCCCUUCUUCAGGCCGUCCACCUUAAAAUGAUUGGUCAUGAUUCUUGCCAGCAUGAUUAUAAUCAGAGUCCAAGCAGACCAGAAAUCUCUGAUCGUAUGAUCUGCGCCGGUGUUGGUGGAGGAAAAGACGCUUGCCAAGGUGACUCUGGUGGUCCAUUGAUUUCCAACGGAAAACAAGUCGGUGUCGUCUCCUGGGGAUUCGGCUGUGCCCGUCCAGAAUACCCUGGAAUCUAUUCCAGCGUUGAAAACCUGCGUGCAUUCAUCAAGGAAAAAUCUGGAGUGUAAACAUUUAAAUAAUAGAAGUUGUAUGUAGUUUCAUCAAAAAAUAUCUGAAUAACAUUUUUUCUAUAUCAA